AUAGAAGUGCAAAUAACCAGGGGAUAACCGAAUAACCGAACCGCCCAGCCAGCCAUAACCGCCACGGCUCAAAACAAGUUGAGUUUUCCCAUGCAUUCACACAGUUUUCCUGUUGUAUUUUCGUUGCGCGAUUGAUUACGGAGCUCAUGUGACUGCCACAUCACAAUUUCCUGGAGUCUUCAUCAGUAUAUUUUCUAUGCAACAUUAUUAGUCUAAAAUGAUGAGUAUCUUAAUUGCUAUUGGGACGUGGGCCCUGUCAGUUGUUGUACUUCUUGUGGGUGGAGUCUUUGUAUUUGAGUGGUUACAAAGAGCUAAAUCAAUCUCUGGAAAACAUGUUGUGGUCACGGGAGGCUCUAGUGGAAUCGGGAAAAGUAUUGCUAUAUCAGCUGCGAAACGUGGUGCACAUGUAACUAUCAUUGCACGCAAUCAAAAACGUUUAGAAGAGGCCACUCAAGAAAUUACUAAAGCAGCAGCUGAGAGUUCCCAGAGAGUUCAGCAUUUGUCACUUGAUCUCUCUUCUGAUUAUUCGGCUGUUGAAACCGCAUUGUGGGCUUUAGAGGAAGAAUCAGGACCCAUCUUCAUGCUCAUCAACUGUGCAGGUGGGGCUGUUUGUGGAAAAUUGGAAGAUACCUCAGCAAAUGAUAUUCAAGGGCAAAUUUCUAUGAACUUUUUGAGCACUGUAUAUCCAACAAAAGCACUUAUUUCACGAAUGAAAAGUCGUGGCGAAGGAGUUGUGGCUAUAACUGGUUCUAUUUCUUCCCUCUUUGGGAUUUAUGGAUUUUCAAUCUACAGCAGCACAAAGUUUGCUCUUCGAGGUUUUGCUGAAGCCCUUCAGAUGGAGACUAAACCUUAUGGAGUUUCAGUGACUCUCUCCUUUCCACCUGACACUGACACUCCAGGUUUUGCUAAUGAGCAGAAAACAAAACCUAUGGAAACUCGGCUUAUUUCUGAAUCUGCUGGGCUCAUUCAUCCUGAUGUAGUGGCAGAGAAAACCCUUAAUGAUGCAUUGAAAGGAAAGUUUUUUAGCUUUGUUGGUUUUGAGGGAUGGCUUGUUAGUGCAGUCUGUGCGGGUAUGUCACCUCCUUCAUCCUACUCUGCUCUUGCAUUAGAGGCUUUAUUUAUGGGUCCUCUACGACUUGUCAGUGCUGGACUCCUGAUGAAUUUCAAUGCCAUAGUUAAGAAAUGCAAACAUGAUCGAAACAAGAAUAAAAAGGUGGAGUAACUAAACUGUGUUAAACAGCCUAUGCUCCUCUGCUAUAGAGUCCAUUGCCCUUUGUUAUGAGCACCUUUAGUAUUUUUUGUAGUGUGCCAGUUCAAAUUCAAAAGUGGCCUUAACCCUAAGUGUACUGAGCACUGAAAAUUUGAAUUGUGACCUUCCACUUGUAUUACUGUGAUACUCUUUGUUUAAAAAUCUAUUGAAACUGCAUUUACUUAACUAGGAUAAGUCCCAAGUUUUGCAUUAUUUUACAAUGUUUCACAGUCAUGUACUACCAGACUGUAAUACAGUACAGCAUCCAGCUUUUUCCCAAAAUAAAUUUUUAUUGAUUUAUUCAA